AUGGACCCCAACCAGAACAAUCAAGCGCCUGAUGCGCCUGAUACUGCAAAGAUGAACGAGAUCCGAUUGCGACGUUUAGCCAAACUCGGCUCGGCCGCUAGAACCUCUCCCAAACCUGAUGGGAGCCCAUCGUCACCAGGCGCCGGAGGGUCGGGUGCGUCGACACCAACCGAGGAAAAGGGAAAAGCACAGAUGGAGGAGUCCACAAAGAUCAACAUUACCCCGUCAUCAACACCAAAGCCUGCCGAAAACCCCUUCUCGAAACUUGGCGUCAGGCCCGACAACGGAGCCAGCGACAACAGCGCACAAAAGCGAGCAGCCUCUAAGACCGAUGCCCCGCCUGUCAAGCGACCAACUGUCGUUCACGAGGAGUCCAUCGAGGAGUUCUCGGACAGAACCCUUACACAGAUCUUCCGUGUAACGGUCGAUCCUGAUCGUCUGACGGAUAUCCAUGGCCACAAGCUUACGUUUUUGCCAGGGGCGAGCCAGGAGCUGGCGGAAUCGGGGACACCAUUGAAGCUUACUACUGGCGUUCUGGAUAGUGCCCUACUGGAAGUUUUGUCUUCUCUGCCCCAGGAUAAGUCCAUUCUUGGCUUCCUUCUUCCCUGUUUUAAGCGUAUCCUGCGCCUCUACACCCUCGUAAAGGACACUGCGAAGGACAAAAGGGAAGUUCUGGAGGAGGCGAAGAGACUCUGCAUUAGCAAUUGCUUAUUCGCUCUGACUCUUCCUGAUCUGUUUGGACGAUCGCGCCCUGAUGAUCUUGCUUCGUGCCUCCUCCGUGGACACGGACCUGACGAUGGUGUCUGCCUGGACUUCCUGGGGGAGGCUGUGAAGCGCUUCCCGGAAGAUGAACAGUACCCAGUGGUAUUCGCCGAGGCCAUUUACACGCUUAGUACCAAGUUGUCGGCUAUGACAAUGGAAGACGACUACAAGCCGUACAUCAACGCCUUGAUGUCGUAUACAAAGUUCCCGCCGCUUUUGGCGGCUUUGGCCAACCACCCUAACUUUUUGGCUGCUCAGAAGUCCGGUCCUCUCGUCGAGAAGGGCACUAUUUUGGGUCCUUUUUUCCGGAUAUCUCCCUUGCAGUCCGAGGUCACGCUCACCUACUUCUCAAACCCGCGAGGAUUGGACAGGGGUAGGGCAGCCCAGGCCCAAGAUGCGCUUCGCGCUAUUUUGCGUGUGCAUCAAGAUGAGCUGUUCGCCAUCGCCAACGCUUUCAUCCGCGCCGACACCGGGACUAGAGGUCGCGUUCUGGACUGGUUUGCUUCGGCAAUCAACGCCAACCACAAACGUAGGGCUCUUCAAGUGGACCCCAAAGAAGUGUCAUCUGACGGUUUUAUGAUGAAUUUGACUGUUAUUCUCGACCGUUUCUGCGCGCCUUUUAUGGAUACCACAUUUUCCAAGAUUGAUAGGAUUGAGGUUGACUACUUCCGACGAAACCCUCGGGUCGACAUCCAAGAGGAGACCAAACUCAACGCAGACCAGUCAACUUCCGAUGCCUUCUACGAGAAAAAGGUUGACGGCACAUCCAACUUUAUUUCCGAGGUCUUUUUCCUGACCCUUGCUGCGCACCAUUACGGCAGUGAGGCCACCAGUUCGAAGCUCAAGAGCUUGGACCGAGACAUCAAGUACUAUGAGAAGUACUUGGCGCAGAUGGAGGCAGAGCGAGUCAAGCUUGAAAAUCGCCCCGAUCAACUUGCCAUGUACGAAGUGGCUCUGAAACGCCACGUUCUUGUCCUUGAGAAGGCUAUUGCGCUGAAAUAUGCCAUUGAGGGUGUAUUCAUGGACGAGAAGAUGCAGGAGUUGUCUCUUCGCUUUAUGCGAUAUGUCGCCGUCUGGCUUCUUCGCCUGGCUAGCCAGACUAACUACACCCCUGAUAAGGACCUCCAACUUCCUCUGCCUAGCCAAGAGCCUGAAGCUUUCGCUUGUCUGCCCGAGUACGCUCUUCAAGACGUCGUUGACAACUUCAAAUUCGUCUACCGCUACCUUCCUCAGAUCAUGCCAUCCGCCGUUGGCAGCGAGAUGAUUGCUCUUUGCAUAGCUUUCCUCCGAUCGUCCGAGUACAUCAAGAACCCUUACUUGAAGUCAUCACUGGUUACGCUGCUCUUCUCUGGCACUUGGCCUUUCAUGCACUUUAAGAAGGGAGUUUUGGGUGACCAGCUCUAUGGAUCCAAGUUCGCCAACGACAACCUGUUGCACGCGUUGAUGAAAUUCUAUAUUGAGGCUGAGUCGACCGGUGCUCAUACACAGUUCUAUGACAAGUUCAACAUCAGAUACGAGAUUUUCCAGGUCAUUAAGUGUGUGUGGGGAAACGACGUCUACAAGCAGCAGUUGACCAGGGAGAGCAAGUAA